GGACCUUGCACCCUGAAGUCUCUCAGCUUCAAUCUAACCAGCAGCCCAGCUCUUUUCCUACGCUUCCUCGGUAAAUAGUGCAUCUUUCCAGGCUUCCAUCGAUGCAGUGUGCUUUUGUCAGCUCUUUGAGUCCAGAUCAACAUUCAGUUGCAGGAAUGUCAUCAGCAAAGUUCAUGAGCUUGAAUCCAACAGCACAGAAUCACCGAAUACCUUUAAAUGAUGGACACAGCAUUCCCCUUAUUGGACUGGGAACCUUCUCCAACUCCAAAACAACUCCCAAGGGUUUUUGUUAUAAUUCAGUCAAAUUAGCAAUCGAUGUAGGUUACCGGCACUUCGACGGAGCAUUGAUCUAUGGCAAUGAAGAUGAGGUUGGAAGGGCCGUUCAGGAAAAGAUCACUGAUGGGACAGUCAACCGUGACGACAUCUAUUACUGUGGAAAGCUUUGGAGCACAUUCCAUCCCCCAGAGUUGGUAAGGCCUGCCCUGGAAAAGUCUCUUAGACUCCUGAAGUUUGAUUACAUUGACCUGUACAUUAUUGAGCUGCCGCUAACCUUUAAGCCUGGGGAUGUGAUUUAUCCACAAGAUGAAAAUGGGAAGUAUUUGUAUCACCAGACAGACCUGUGCGCCACCUGGGAGGCUCUGGAAGCAUGUAAGGAUGCCGGCCUGGUCAAGUCGAUUGGUGUGUCCAACUUCAAUCGCAGGCAGCUGGAGCAGAUUCUGCACAAGAAGGGCCUGAAAUACAAGCCAGCAGUUAAUCAGGUCGAAUGUCACCCAUACUUCACGCAGCCCAAGUUGAGGGAAUUCUGUAACCUCCACGGCAUCGUCAUCGUGGGAUACAGCCCUCUGGGCACCUGCCGUGACCCCGUAUGGGUGAACCUGAAGAUUCCCCCCUUGUUGGAAGAUUCUGUCCUCAAUGCUGUGGCAACUACGUACAAGAAAACCACUGCACAGGUGGCCUUGCGUUACCAGAUCCAACGCAAAAUUGUUGUCAUCCCAAAAAGUUUUAACCCGGAGCGCAUCAAGCAGAAUUUUGAGAUUUUUGACUUUUCUUUAACGGAUGAAGAGAUGAAAGCCAUUGAUGCACUCAACAAAAAUCAACGAUACGUGGAGCUUUUAAUGUGGAAGGAUCACCCAGAAUACCCCUUCGAUGAUGACUAUUAAACUGGAGAGUCUGCUGGAAGUGUUGCAACAAUGCAGAAGGGAAACUGUGGUGCUGAAUCGAGCAAAAUGAAAUUAAUUUGGCAGUACAUAUGUACCACAACACAUUAGUAAAUUUAGCAAAUGCAAAUAAGGACAAAGUUUCACAUUUUAGUGGUGCCUGAUCACAUUUCCCAGAAUUCAUGAGACACAAAGACUUGCCACAAGUAGUUAGCCCUUUCACACAGUAGUAGAUAUAACUGGAUAAAUUUGGUGCCUGAUCAGUAGUUGUGAUGCAUCAAAUCCCUGGGCUCUCUCUGCCCCUGUUUUGGGCCUUUGAGCAGGGCUGCUCUCAGCUUUACCACUGAGGAUGCUGUGGCUUGUCUACUGCACCUCAAAUGAGGGGUAAUCACUAUUCUACUGCAUGUAAUACAAUUUCUGAAAUGUAAUUAAUAAAAAAUAUAAAUUUCUAACUGCA